AUGCGAAAGAUCUUGAAUAUUCGAAUUAGUGACACUGAAUUGCAAAGAACUAAAAUUUCUGGUAAGAAAGGAGGUGCGAUCGUUGAUACAAUAAGACUGAGACCAACUGAACAUACAGAAUGUAUAUAUGUAAAUGAUAUGAUGCUUAAAGCUUUAUUAACAACUGAAAUGAUGAUGGAAAUAAAUAUUAUAACCAAACGAGUUUGCCAAGUAUCUACAGGGUCUCUGGAAAACAGCCCAGGAGGGUAUUAUGUGGAUGGAGUCAAGGCGGAAUGUGCUAAUUACGUCUGCCAGACAGACACAGGUUUAAUAUUCAUCCACUCAUCUCCUCUAGAACAGUUAGAAGAUCGUGAUCAGUCAUAUCAUAUAGCGGAUCAUGCUCUUUGUACCAAUAAGUUUUGCAUUGAUCCCUCUUCUAUGUUUCUGUACAAGGCCAAGCAAACUGUUAAAUCUCCUGCUGGCUGGGACGCCACUUUUGUUUGUACGACAGGAGAGACACUAACAAUACAGGUACUUAGGCAAGCAGAGAGCAGAUCAGGUUUAGUUAAGAGAGACACCUCCACAGCCGUCAGGAAAAUAAUGUACUUGGAAGAGGAGACUGCCAGGCUGUCACUAGAGACCAAGACCCUGUGA